AUGUCCUCGCAAUCCGGAAACAACGUCGUUAUCUUUCAUGACAACACUCGAUCACGAUCGGCAUAUUCGACUGCCUCUUCUGCCAGUCGGUCUUCGGGCUAUUCGAACUAUUCAUCUUCUUCGUCGUAUUCCUCGUCGGCCAGCUCAAUGAAUUCCUCAAGCGGCCAUUCCUCCCGGUCUAGCACCCACAAUGAACGCUAUCGUGCCGGCUCUUCUUCUGGGUAUUACGCCAACAUCAGGGAGGGCAAGGACAGGAAAGGAAACGAGGUCGUUAUCAUUAACCAUCACCGUUCAAGCACGGCCAAAGAUGAGCCGCGGUCCUCUGACCACACGUAUUCCACCGAUGCGCGUUACAAAAACAGCAGUCGCUAG